AAGCAGAGCAGCCAGGUAUCUCAGGAGAAGCAGGAACACCUGGUAAAGAUGGUCUGCCUGGCAUGAGAGGAGAGAAGGGAGAGGUUGGGUCCGUAGGUCAGCGAGGCCUCAAGGGAGAACGAGGCUCCAAGGGAACAUGUGGACCAAGCGGACCAAAGGGAGACAAGGGGGAUGCUGGGAUUAAUAGCAGACCGGGAUUGCCAGGGAGGAAAGGAGAGCAGGGUGAAGUCAGGUUUCCAGGUCCCACAGGAAGUCCAGGGAAGGAGGGACUCAUUGGAGCCAAGGGUGACAGAGGCUUUGAUGGAGUUAUGGGGCCGAAGGGAUCAUAAGGAGAGAAAGGUGAACGGGGCCAACCUGGUAUCCCUGGCCCCCCUGGUCCAAGAGGAGCAGAUGGACCCCCUGGUCUAACAGGCCCUCAAGGACCUGCUGGAGGUAAAGGUCCAGAGGGCCUGCAGGAGCAAAAGGGUGAGAUUGGCUCUGAUGGACCUAAAGGAGACAGAGGAGAACCAGGCAUGACGGAGGAUGAGAUUUGGGCUUAUGUUCGAAGUGAGAUGAACCUGCAUUGUGCUUGUGGAGGUGUUCAGGAAGUUGAGAAACCUGUACAAGUGCAGGCUUACCGAAGCUCCUCCACAUCCCCAGAGCACUCACUAAUCCGAGGGGACGAGGAGGGUCAUAAGCUGCGUGUUGUGAUGAACACAAACGAUCCAGACUACGAGCACAUUUACUCUAUAGAGACCUAUGAUGAUGAUGCUCCAGUGGUGGAGAUUGCUGACUAUGACACCACGGUCAAUAAAAGCCAGGACUCCUGCAUCUUGCCCAUGGAAGAGGGUAAUUGUUCCCGCUAUACUCUGCGCUGGUACUUUAACUCUGAAGUGGGCGUCUGUAGACCUUUUAUCUACAGUGGCUGUAGAGAAAAUGCUAACCGCUUUUUACAAAAGAAAGAAUGUGAGAAACUCUGUCUACAAGAGUAAGAAGAAUUUUGUUUUAGCUUGAAGACAAGAGUUGACUGUAAAUGGAGGAUCACUAACUCGUCUGCAAUAUGAAAAAAACCUAAACCAUAGUGUUUAACACUGCCAUCAUGCACAAGAGUUCAAGGUAAAGAUUGAUGUCAACACCUUUUCCUCAACGGGACAAGCAAAUUUUAAAUAUUGAUCAGGUCUGGGUUUUUUUGUUUAUUUUGUGUCUGUUGAGCUGCCAAACAUCUGUUAAUCUUCCUGCCAACCGGGAUACAUUGUUAUAUAUAUAUAUAUAUAUAUACACACACACAUACACACAUUACUUGCUUUAACACAUGUACCUUAGUCCAGUCAGUAACUGCAUACAAUAUUAUCUUUCAUAUUUUCUCCUUGAUGUUGCAUAUUUACACCCACUGACAUUUUCUCAGGUGCUAAAAACAGAAAGUAGAACACACAUUGUAAUAUUCUUAACAAAUUCAUCUUAGACUUGUUCGUAGAAUAAGUCUGUGCUGUACAAAAUUGUACUGUAAAUGU